AUGGAAGAGAAUUCUGCAGUGGAGCACCAUUAUUAUUACCCUCUUCCUUCUUCUGCUGUAAAAGCUGAUCCCAACAACAAUGAUGAUUACAAGGAAGAAACUUGUGCUGAGGAAGGUAGCUCUCACAACAAACCCAGCACAUUACAGGGUAGGUCUGACCUCAACAAAUAUGCACUUGGUGGUGCUAUCUUGGCUUCUACAAACUCCAUUCUCUUAGGUUAUGACAUCGGGGUGAUGAGUGGUGCUGUACUUUUUAUAAGGCAAGAUCUCAAGAUCACAUCUGUCCAAGUGGAAAUCCUUGUGGGGUGCUUGAAUGUGUGUUCCCUGAUUGGGUCUCUUGCUUCAGGUAGGACUUCAGAUUGGAUUGGAAGGAGGUACACCAUAAUGGUUGCUGCAGCAACAUUCCUAAUUGGUGCUAUUCUGAUGGGGUUAGCCCCUUCCUUCCUAUUUCUCAUGGUUGGUCGAGUAGUUGCUGGCAUUGGUGUUGGAUACUCCCUCAUGAUUUCACCAGUGUAUGUGGCUGAGCUCUCUCCUGCUCUCACUAGAGGGUUCCUUACAUCACUUCCUGAAGUCUUUAUCAGUGUUGGUAUUCUACUUGGUUAUGUCUCCAACUAUGCUUUCUCAGGCCUCCCAAAUGACAUAAAUUGGAGGCUCAUGCUUGGUGUCUCGGCCUUGCCAGCAGUUGCAGUGGCACUUGGUGUCUUGGCAAUGCCUGAGUCACCUCGCUGGCUAGUAGUCAAGGGAAGGUUUGAGGAAGCAAAGCAGAUUUUAAUUAGAACAUCAGAGAACAAAGGAGAAGCUGAAUUGAGGCUUACUGAGAUACAAGAAGCUGCUUCUGCUUCCAUCACAAACAAGGACAAAGAAGGUUCUUCUUCUAAUUCUUCUAAUAAUUCAGGAAUGUGGCAUGGACAAGGGGUUUGGAAAGAGUUGCUUGUCACACCUACUCGCCCUGUAUUGAGAAUCCUUGUUGCUGCCAUUGGUGUUAACUUUUUCAUGCAGGCUUCUGGGAAUGAUGCUGUGAUAUAUUACAGCCCUGAAGUGUUUAAGGAAGCAGGAAUUGGGAAUGACAAGCACCUUAUGGGGGUUACAAUCAUCAUGGGAACAGUCAAGACUUUCUUUGUUUUGAUUUCAGCCAUGUUCUUGGACCGGUUUGGGAGAAGGCCCAUGUUGCUGUUGGGCUCAUGUGGCAUGGCAAUUUCAUUGUUUGUGCUGGGCUUUGGUUGCACCUUUCUUAAGUUCUCGGGUGGCAUGAAAGAUGAAUGGGUCAUUGUCUUGUGUGUGGUUGCUGUGUGUGCUACAGUUUCGUUCUUCUCUAUUGGGCUUGGACCCACAACUUGGGUGUAUUCUUCAGAGAUUUUUCCUCUAAGGCUAAGGGCCCAAGGUUCCAGCUUGGCCAUUUCUGUGAACCGUCUGGUGAGUGGGAUUGUGUCAAUGACAUUCCUUAGCCUCUCAGAGGCAAUAACAUUUGGGGGCAUGUUCUUUGUGCUUGGUGGGGUGAUGGUGUGUGCCACACUUUUUUUCUAUUGCUUCUUACCAGAGACCAAAGGCAAGAACUUAGAGGAAAUUGAAGCUUUGUUUGAUGAUCAGGCACAUUGA